ACGCGCUCGCCAUUCCUCGACGUCCUCCCUCCAGAGCUCCGUCUUCACAUUUACUCGCACCUCCUUGUCGCGUCUUCGCCGCUCAAGGGCCCCGUUGCGCGUCAAGACACCAGCUACGAUCUGCACACCGCCAUCCUCCGAACCAAUAAGCAAAUCUACCACGAAGCGCGCUCCAUCUUCUUCGGCCGAAACACCUUUUACAUCACCUCGAUCCCGCCGUCGCGGCCCAGCACUGGCUCGGACGAAGAUGCCGAGGACCACGACGAAGAAGAGGGGUCGGGUGCUUUUGAGCCGCCCCUCCAGCUGCGCGACCUGCCGCUGGUCCGGCACCUGCAAGUCGAUCUGCUCUACUACCCAAAAAGCAUGCACACAAUCCGCGAUCGGAGAUCGGGAAUCUGGAUCCCCGUGUGUGUUGGCGCUCAGCGCUACAGCACAAGCUUGUCGUUUCUGCUUUCGGCCGUCGAAACCCGCUUGCUCAGCUUGAAGUUGUGCGCGGAUACUAGGCGCUAUAUUGAUGAGUCCAGGGUGUGUGGCAGCAGUAGCAGCAGCAGCAGUAAUAACCACACCGCCCGGCUCGAGGCCCAGCAAAUGCUGACAGGCUUCUACAUGGCCGACGCCAACCCGCUAUUCCGCAAGGCGCUAGCCCGCCUGCACAUUGCUGACAUUGCUCUCCAUUUCGACUUCCCGGAAAGUUACUUUGACUUCCUCAUCCUCAGAUCCGUCCUCUGUCAGCAGAAUUUGGUCGAGCUAGCCGGCCAGGUCCUCGCUCUCAGGUCCCACAUUCGUAGAAAGGCCGCG